AUGACAGCCAACAAGAACGAAGAAGUUGCGGCGCUCGAAGCGCUGCGGGACUCGUCGGCCGAACUCGUGCGGUACUUGGACAGCAUAAACGAAAAGAUGCUGCAGAUGAACCACCAGAACGAACUCUCGCUGCGGGUGCUUGACAAUUGGUCGAGCGUCAUUGCCAUCUCCAAGCUCCACAGCGAUUCGGCAGCUACUGCUGGUGCGACAGGGAGACCGCAGGUAGAGAAGGCGCUCGUGCGGACUUCGCCGUAG